CUGUCGCGGCAGCUGCACGGAAAGGCUGGCGCUCCUGCGGUCUGGUCUGUGCUGUCUCCGCGGGCAAAUCACGGAGAUUCCGCUCGGGAUGCCCGCCCUUCCUCUUUCCCCCGCGCUGCGCGACCGGGUGCAGGGGAGGUCGGGUCUGAAGUUGGACCCGCUCGGGCACUCAGCUCGGGAGAGGCGUCUGCCCUUCCCCGGCACCUCGCUUCCAGGCUGGGAAGGUGCGGGCCCUCGGGCUCUGGGGGGGAAGGGAGGGGGACCCCGUCCUCUGAAUGGAUGUGACUUACCUGCUGAGUCGCCAUGGUGAUCAGGAAGCCUCCUAACACUUCUCCCCUUGGGGACAAUUACACCCCACACCCCACACCCCUUGCAGGGAGCUGUUUCCUGGAUUUCUCUAUUACUCGGGGACUCCUCCUCUAGGUAUUUGCAGUAGUUCAGUAAGUUUACUUAAGGAUACCCAGUAGGCAGGUUUUUAAAAAGCACAGGGAAAGUCACUUAUUUCCAAGGUUUUGAAGAAUGUAAAUUUCCCUCUGGGGAGGGGGAGGGUGUGUGUGUGGGGUCCCUUUCUUCAUGCCUCUGUCUCUGCAUCUAGGUUUCCAUUUCUCAGUUUGUUCCUUGCAGACCAGGCCGCUGGGAGCCGUGCUGUGGCCCCGGAGGGCAGUCACCACCAGGCCCCUGGCACCAGCUUGCGGGGUGUGAUGGAUGUGAAGUGACAGGGCACCUUGCACGUAGCCCUGGCGGUCUCCCAGCGCCGUGUGCAAGGGGAUGUCAACAUUGUGCAGUGACAGCCUGGGCGGGUCUCAGCGGUCCCCAUUCCAUUUCCUCAUAGUUUGCUGUCGUGGAAAUGAGUAUACGAAUAAACUAUUUGUAAGACUCCAGGGCCUUCAUGCUGUGAUUAAUCAGAUGGUUCCUGAAAUGACUGGGAAAACAGACACUUUACGGGCCAGUUGAAGAGUGUAUGUCGGUGUAUAUUUAAAACCUUUCUAUGCACACACACGCACACACACACACACGAGAAGACAGGCUCAUUCUGGUGCACACUUGAAGCAUUUUACAACUGAUGAAAAUUAAUCUAAGAAUCAGAUGGAGCAACUUGACACCACUGGGCUCAGGGGCCCGGGGAGAAAAAUGCAUCACUAACGGCCAGUUUUCCAUAUGGUCUUCACGGGUAAAGAACGUUUGCAAAAAGAAGAAAAAAAAAACUUGCACAGAUCAAGCUUCAAAAAUACCUCUCCAGUUGAAAUAAGGAGCUAAGUGAGACGGUGCCCAAGGGAGAAGUGUGAUUUCAAGCAUUGCCGGUGGGAUCAAGCAGUGUUUUUUGCACUUUAUUUUUCAGUGGAUUUAAUGAUUUGGACAGAGACUGUAAAAUUCUGGACUGACAAGUUUCUUUACUGUGAGCUUGUGACUGGAGGAAAGCCAGUUCAGGUUUGAUGGGACAAGUUUGAACAAUGAACUGGUUCCUUUGCCUUUUUCAGUUGACUAUACUCGAGAAACUUUAAUUUAUUAUUUCCCUUUCCUUUUCUGUAUCUACAGGAUAAUAUCUUAGGUAGCAUUUGAAACCGAUAAAUAAAUAUCAAGGAACAUCCAAGCAAAGCUUCUUUUCCUUGGACUGUACGUGUGGCAUCUGGAAACAUUCUCUGAAUGUGAACAGAAAAGGGCCCAUCAGCAAAACGAGGUAACUCCUUAGGGACACUGGGGAAGAACCCGACCCUUGCCUGUGUUUUUGUUCUCUUCUCUUCUGUGGAGUUCACGAAGACUUGUGCAUAUAAGAGGAGGAUUACUUGAUGGACUUAAAUCUGAGAUUCUUCCUUUUUCUUCCAAGAUGAAAAAAUGUGUGAUUUUUAGGAGCAGAAAGGGGAGAAGUUAGACUGGGGGGAGGAAGGAGACAGGCAAAAGAAGCAAUCUGCAGCGAGGCUUCGUUUUGUCAGCAAGAGGAUUUAGGACUCACCUGAGGCAAACACUUGGACCAACGCUCUGGCUCUGUGGCGUGAAGGGGCUUCCUCUCGCCCCCUCUCUGGCAUGAGGGCUGCGUGGGCUGUGCGGGCAGUCAGAUAGAGCCCCGCUCUCGGGGGCAGCACAGGGACCUGCCAGGACACCGCUGGGGCUCUGAACCCCGGCAGAGAACCUUUUCUUCCUACACUUGGACUGCUGUCUGCACAAACUGGUCGUUCUGCACGGUGUGUGUGCCUUUUUCCCCUUUAUGCAAUCUUUUUCAGCUUUAGCAGCAGAAAUUUGUCUAGUUGAGAAAACAUGCCAGAGGGUGGCUUCAGAAAGAGGAGGAUCCCCUGUGCUUUGUUUCUGCGUCUGAACUUUUGAAGAAAAAAUUCCAGCUCGAGGGAUUCUUAAAGCCUUAAGUUACUUGAAAUCUAUGUAUUUGCAACCCUUGGUCUCUGGAAUCAUAUUACACUAAACUGGAAUCUCAGGCGGAAUCAGAAUAACCAAGUUGAGUAAACAGAAGGAAACUCAGUUUCUUGAUCACUACAUAUUAAUGAUGCUCUUUCUCCAAAGGGUCAGCCCACUCUUCCUCUAAGGACUUGAAAAUAAAAAUGGACCCCACAUUUUUUUAAGCAUCACCUUUUCUUAGCAGACUGCCAUCAUCUUUUAUAGAGGAAUUUUUUCACUAUGCAUUUGGUGGAUCUUUAUAAAAUACUGACCUUCUAAUUAGAUCCAGGUCAAUCUUAACUAAAGGAGACCGGAGAAGCCAAGCCAGCCAACCACAAAAAUAGAAUUAAUCAAUGAGAGGAAUUGGGUUAGCUUUUUCAGCACUCAGCAUUGCUCUUUAAGUACAAGAGUCCACUGAGAGAAGUAUGUAUGCAGCGGUGGAGCAGGGGCCUGUGCUCUGCAGCGACUCGAACAUCCUCUGCCUGUCCUGGAAGGGGCGCGUCCCCAAGAGCGAGAAGGAGAAGCCUGUGUGCAGGAGGCGCUACUAUGAGGAGGGCUGGCUGGCCACGGGCAACGGCCGGGGCGUCGUGGGCGUGACCUUCACCUCCAGCCACUGCCGCCGGGACAGGAACACGCCACAGAGAAUUAACUUCAACCUGCGGGGCCACAACAGCGAGGUUGUGCUGGUAAGGUGGAAUGAGCCAUACCAGAAGCUGGCCACGUGUGACGCAGAUGGAGGGAUAUUUGUGUGGAUUCAGUAUGAAGGGAGAUGGUCUGUGGAACUGGUCAACGACCGAGGGGCUCAGGUGAGUGAUUUCACGUGGAGCCACGAUGGGACUCAAGCGCUUAUUUCAUAUCGAGAUGGGUUUGUCCUGGUCGGUUCUGUCAGUGGACAAAGACACUGGUCAUCUGAGAUCAACCUGGAAAGUCAGAUCACAUGUGGCAUAUGGACUCCUGAUGACCAACAGGUGCUGUUCGGCACGGCCGACGGGCAGGUGAUCGUCAUGGACUGCCACGGCAGGAUGCUGGCGCACGUCCUCCUGCACGAGUCGGACGGCAUCCUCAGCAUGUCCUGGAACUACCCUGCCUUCCUGGUGGAGGACAGCAGCGAGAGCGACACGGACUCAGACGACUACUCCCCGCCCCAAGAUGGUCCAGCAGCAUAUCCCAUCCCGGUGCAGAAUAUCAAGCCACUGCUCACCGUCAGCUUCACCUCGGGGGACAUCAGUUUAAUGAACAACUACGAUGACUUGUCUCCUACUAUCAUCCGCUCAGGCCUGAAAGAGGUGGUAGCCCAGUGGUGUACGCAGGGAGACCUUCUGGCAGUCGCUGGUAUGGAACGGCAAACCCAGCUUGGUGACCUUCCCAACGGCCCUCUCCUGAAGAGUGCCAUGGUCAAGUUCUACAAUGUUCGCGGGGAACACAUCUUCACACUGGACACACUUGUUCAACGCCCCAUCAUCUCCAUCUGCUGGGGCCACCGGGACUCUAGGCUACUGAUGGCUUCGGGACCAGCCCUGUACGUGGUGCGUGUGGAGCACCGGGUGUCUAGCCUGCAGCUGCUGUGCCAGCAGGCCAUCGCCAGUGCCCUGCGAGAAGACAAGGAUGUCAGCAAGCUGGCCCUGCCCCCUCGCCUCUGCUCCUACCUCUCCACUGCCUUCAUCCCCACCAUCAAGCCCCCCAUUCCAGACCCUAACAACAUGCGAGACUUUGUCAGCUACCCCUCGGCCGGCAACGAGCGCCUGCACUGCACCAUGAAGCGCACGGAGGAUGACCCAGAGGUGGGAGGCCCAUGCUACACACUCUACCUGGAGUACCUGGGCGGGCUCGUGCCCAUCCUCAAGGGGCGGCGUAUCAGCAAGCUUCGGCCAGAGUUUGUCAUCAUGGACCCCCGGACGGAUAGCAAAUCAGAUGAAAUCUAUGGGAACAGCUUAAUCUCUACCAUGAUCGACAGCUGCAACUGCUCGGACUCCAGUGACAUCGAACUAAGUGAUGACUGGGCUGCCAAGAAAUCUCCCAAAAUCUCCCAAGCAAGCAAAUCACCCAAACUCCCAAGGAUCAACAUCGAGGCUCGGAAGUCACCCAAGUUGUCCCGGGCCGCUCAGGAGAUGUCCAGGUCCCCUCGGUUGCCCAUGCGCAAGCCCUCCAUUGGCUCGCCCAGCCUGACGCGAAGAGAGUUUCCCUUUGAAGACAUCACUCAGCACAACUAUCUUGCUCAGGUCACGUCUAAUAUCUGGGGAACCAAGUUUAAGAUUGUGGGCUUGGCUGCUUUCCUGCCAACCAACCUCGGUGCAGUAAUCUAUAAAACCAGCCUCCUGCACCUCCAGCCGCGGCAGAUGACCAUCUAUCUCCCGGAGAUCCGGAAGGUUUCCAUGGACUACGUGAACCUGCCUGUCUUCAACCCCAAUGUGUUCAGUGAAGACGAAGAUGACUUACCAGUGACGGGAGCAUCUGGCGUGCCUGAGAACAACCCACCUUGUACCGUGAACAUCCCUAUCGCACCCAUCCACAGCUCAGCGCAAGCCAUGUCCCCCACGCAGAGCAUCGGGCUGGUACAGUCCCUGCUGGCCAAUCAGAACGUGCAGCUGGACGUCCUGACCAAUCAGACCACGGCCAUGGGCGCAGCUGAGCACGCCAGUGAGAAUGCCACCCAGUACCCGGUCUCCAACCGCUACUCCAGCCCUGGACAGGUGAUCUUCGGGGGCGUAGAGAUGGGCCGCCUCAUCCCGAACCCCCCGCAGCUGUCCCUGCUGCCACCUGCACAGGCGCCCGUCCAGCUGUCGGUGGUGGAGCACGGAGACCGCGAGCACGAGCACCUGCAGAAGCCCGCCAAGUUGAAGAAGGGCGACUUCUCGCUGUACCCCACGGCCGUGCAUUACCAGCCGCCCCUGGGCUACGAGAGGAUCACCACCUUCGACAGCAGCGGCAACGUGGAGGAGGUGUGCCGGCCUCGGACGCGGAUGCUCUGCUCGCAGAACACCUACACCCUCCCCGGCCCAGGCAGCUCGGCCACCCUGAGGCUCACUGCCACCGAGAAGAAGGUGCCUCAGCCCUGCACCAGCGCUACCCUGAACCGCCUGACGGUCCCACGCUACUCCAUCCCCACGGGAGACCCGCCCCCCUAUCCCGACCCCAGGACCUCCCCACUGGCCUCGCAGUCCUCCUACAGCCUCCCUGAGCCCCCCGAGGGUGCCCGCGAGCGCACCGACUAUGUCAACUCAGCCUUCACAGAGGAUGAGGCGCUGGCCCAGCACUGUCCGGUGGAAAAGCCGCUGCGGCACCCCCCAAUGCCUGAAGCUGCUGUGGCCGUGAAACGGCCGCCCCCUUACCAGUGGGACCCUGUGCUGGGGGAGGACAUUUGGGUGCCUCAGGAAAGGACGGCACAGACUGGAGGGCCCAACCCCCUGAAACUGCCCCCCCUGGUCGUCGGUCAGAGCCAGCACCUGGACGUGUCCCGAGUGCCCUUUAUCUCCCCCAAGUCUCCCACCAGCCCUACUGCCACUUUCCAGACGGGCUAUGGGAUGGGAGUGCCGUAUCCAGGAAGCUAUAACAACCCCCCUUUGCCAGGAGUUCAGGCUCCCUGCUCCUCAAAAGAUACCCUGUCCCCAACACAGUUUGCACAGCAGGAGCCCGCUGUGGUCCUGCAGCCGGCCUACCCUCCCAGCCUGUCCUACUGCACCUUGCCCCCCAUGUACCCCGGAAGCAGCACGUGCUCAAGUUUACAGCUGCCAUCCAUCGCCUUGCACCCCUGGAAUUCCUACAGCGCGUGCCCGCCCAUGCAGAACCCCCAGAGCACUCUCCCCCCCAAGGCACACUUGGUGGUGGAGAAGCCCCUCGUGUCCCCACCACCACCCAGCGACCUCCAAAGCCACCUGGGCACAGAGGUGAUGGUAGAGGCCUCAGACAACUUCCAGGAGGUCCUCUCUCUGACGGAAAGCCCGGUCCCCCAGCGGACAGAGAAAUUCGGGAAGAAGAACCGGAAGCGCCUGGACAGCCGAGCAGAGGAAGGGAAUGUUCAGGCCAUCACCGAGGGCAAAGUGAAGAAGGAGGCUCGGACUCUGAGUGACUUUAAUUCCCUGAUCUCCAGCCCCCGCCUGGGGAGAGAGAAAAAGAAAGUGAAGAGUCAGAAAGACCAGCUGAAGUCGAAGAAGUUGAAUAAGACGAACGAGUUCCAGGACAGCUCGGAGAGUGAGCCAGAGCUGUUCAUCAGCGGGGACGAGCUGAUGAACCAGAGCCAGGGCAGCAAGAAGGGCUGGAAGAGCAAGCGGAGCCUGCGCACAGCCAGCGAGCUGGACGAGUUCAAGUGCCGGAAAGCCAGCGAGAGGGAGGACGGGCGGCUGGGCAGCCAGGGCUUCGUGUACGUGAUGGCCAACAAGCAGCCUCUCUGGAACGAGGCCACCCAGGUCUACCAGCUGGACUUCGGGGGGCGCGUGACCCAGGAGUCGGCAAAGAACUUCCAGAUCGAGCUGGAGGGGCGGCAGGUGAUGCAGUUUGGAAGGAUCGAUGGCAAUGCAUAUAUUCUGGACUUCCAGUACCCCUUCUCCGCUGUGCAGGCCUUUGCAGUGGCCCUGGCCAACGUGACGCAGCGCCUCAAAUGAAGAGACUGGCUUGGGGAGCAGAAAGAGACAGAGGAGCCUUUUCAGAGAGGCCUGAUCACAGAUGGCAGAGGAGCCUGCAAGGGUCUGGGCGCCUGGGGACCAGAAGACAAGUGCAAACUGGAAAAGUCUCUCAGGCCCAGGAGAGGGCACUGACCGUUAGCGUUGUCGUUUGUUUGGGCUUUUAUUAUUCUUUAUUGUCUUUCUUUUUAAUCAAACAAAACAAUACAGAAGAGAGGUGUUUGGAAGCAAAGAUACCAGGCACCUGGUGUUUUUUUGGAAACAUAAUUGAUUGUGGUAAUGUCCCACUGGGCUUGCUUAUGUCAGCUACACAAACGGGUCCUUCGGAAGGAAGACAGACUGCAUUAUAGCCCGCUAUUCUUUUAGACAUACGGAGUGUGCAUUCUUCUCAUCCUCCACAACAUCACUAGUGUACAAUCAAAACCCUUUUUUUAAAAAACACACCCAAAACCCUGAAGGUACAGGUUCUCUUGAGGGACAACAUUUAAUUCACACAUGUUAAUGUUACUCCCCUAAAGGUGACUUGAUCAAUGAAGGGUAUUUUGGCAAACACACUGUUUGACUAAUAAAAGUAGGCUUUCUACAGGGGCGCUGCUACCAGGUAUGAGUAGGAUAUGCUCCUGAUGGUGUGGGGGAAGGGAUGACGGGCGAGGAGGAAAAUCCUGCUCAUGCACACAUGGCGAGUUCCGUAGUGUGACUUGAAAUAGUACAAGGGCUAUGCUCCUCUCUGGAGGAUGUUGACAUUGAAGACUCCACUAAGUUUUGUAAUAUGUCAUAAUUUCAUGGGUUCAGUCUGACUGGUUUGAGGAGAAGGUAGGAGAGAAACGUGGCAAGGUCCCAGGGUGCGGUGGGGGCUGUAGUUUUCUCCGCUGGAGCCGGCGAGUCACUGGGUACCCUCUGGCUGAGAAGUAACAUUUACUCCCUCUCCUUUUUUAUUGAUGACUCUGAAAUGUGACAGUAGACGUUAUCCUUCCCAUCAGACAACACUAUUCUACACUUUCUUUCUCUAAAAAUGCUAACGAUGCUGAUUUGAAAGCGCUCCUUUCCUCUUUCAGCUACAUUAAAACUCAAUUGACUAGAAAUGUGUUUCAACAGGUUAGAAAUGUAAGCAAAAAUGUUUAAGCAUUUGCCAGGGUAUCAAGAGGCAGAGCUGUGGUCAUCUCUUGCACCAUCUUCUCCAAGAAAACAGUUGUUUAUUAACUGUGCAGACUAUUUAUAGAGAUGAACCUCUGGGACAGCAUGGGUAAAAUUGUAGUAUUUAAGGCAGUUGCUGGUUAAUUGCAGAAGAAAAAUCCACUGAGAUUAUCUUUUCCCACCUCACCCCGUCCUCAGCGGACACCCUGGGCAGUACUCAGCCCUGGUGACAAGACCCAGUGCAUUGUUCUCAGUUGUUUGUAUCUGUGAGGUGUUUAGGGCAGGAGCACAAGAACUAGCCUAUGUUUGGAUUUUGUUUGAAAACAGAAAAGUGGAAAACUACAAAAAAUUAUUUUUUAAAAAAAUUUUAAUUCCAUGUUUUAGUUUUGAAAUAUGUUCUUAAUUCCCUGUUUUGGUUUAAAAAUUAGAAAAGAAACUGUCCCAUUCCUUUCCCAGAACAAGAUGGCAUCCAUCAUGCACCAUCCUCUCCAGCCCCAAAGAAAUACAGAUAAGGUUUUAAAUAUGGCGAAGGGAAUCUCCCAGCUAGUUCCACCUGACAUGUCAAAACAGUGGACCUGAACCUGAUUCUUUGGUGGCUAAAUUCUUCCAAAAAGAAUUUGGUCAUGUAUUCAGAUUUAUCCAAUUUUUUUAAUGAGUUUUUGUAGCUUGGUAUGAUGUUUCAGCGGUUAUUAGUUGUGCAAUGUGGUUAUAGCCUAUUUCUAGAAUAAUUUAAAUGCAAUUUUCUGUUUUAUUGCCCAAGAGAUCAUUAUUUAUCCUGCUUUAAUAGUGUUCCUAGAAACUACUUCACUACUAUUUACUGGUGAGUUAUGCCCAUUUUAUAAUUUACUUAGAAAAACAGAAUGUAACGACUUACUUGGUAGCAGUAUAUUUUGCUGCAAGAAAUAAAGAAGAUACGAUGCGGGGUUUGCUGGACAGUUUGUAACUUUUUCUAAUUGGGAAAAACAUUUCUAUUAAUCCUUUAAGAGUAAUUUUUUCUUUGCUUUUUGAGGUAGUGAUUAUAUAUGAGAUAACAUAUCCUAAAAUAUUUCCCCUUCUUUUGAAAAUUUUAUUUUUAAUUAAAAGUAAAAGGUGAUAUGAAAUGAGAAGAGACUUUUUAAGAUUAGAGUAGGUGGCAAAGGAAGGGAUUAUUAGUAAUAAGUUUUAAAAGUUCUGAUUGGUUUUUGAGAUAUAAAGACCAUGAAAGGGGCUACUUUUUAAAACUUCUCUUAAUAAGAGGAAAUAUUGGGGGAAAUCCUUGGAAU